CUAUAAAAAGAAAUCUGUGGGGAAGUGAGAAGAAAAUCUGUGGGGAAGUGAGAGAAAGAGAGAGAGAGAGAGUGCGUGAGAGACAGGGGAGCCGGCAAUGGUUACUGUGCCCCAAUCUCCUUCCUCAAACACACCCUACACCGGUGCCGGCUCGUCGGCUACGAACGGCGGCGGAGCUCCGGCGAACAUGGCACGGAAAAUGGAAUCGGCGGAGCAGUUGGUGCUGGAUCUCAGCAACCCUGAUCUUCGAGAGAAUGCUCUUCUCGAGCUCUCCAAGAAGAGAGAGCUAUUUCAAGAUUUGGCUCCGUUAAUGUGGAACUCUUUUGGUACUGUUGCUGCACUCUUACAGGAGAUAGUUUCCAUAUACCCUGUUUUAUCACCACCUAACCUUACCCCAGCACAGUCUAACCGAGUCUGCAAUGCGCUUGCCCUCCUUCAGUGUGUGGCCUCUCACCCGGACACAAGAAUGCUGUUCCUCAAUGCACAUAUCCCCUUAUAUCUUUACCCUUUCCUCAACACCACAAGCAAAUCAAGGCCGUUUGAGUACUUGAGGCUUACUUCCUUGGGCGUUAUUGGUGCUUUGGUGAAGGUUGAUGAUACAGAGGUUAUCAGUUUCCUUCUAUCAACAGAAAUAAUUCCCCUGUGCCUGAGGACAAUGGAGAUGGGAAGUGAACUAUCGAAAACAGUUGCAACGUUUAUUGUUCAAAAGAUCUUAUUGGACGAUGUUGGCCUGGACUACAUAUGCACCACAGCAGAGCGGUUUUUUGCAGUAGGUCGAGUUUUGGGGAAUAUGGUUGCAGCACUUGCUGAACAACCCUCAUCACGCCUGCUGAAGCAUAUUAUUCGUUGUUAUCUUCGACUAUCGGAUAAUUCAAGGGCGUGUGAUGCACUUAGAAGUUGUCUGCCAGACAUGCUAAGGGAUGCCACCUUUAGUGCAUGCCUUCGUGAUGAUCCAACGACGAGAAGGUGGUUGCAGCAACUGCUUCACAAUGUCCAAGGGCCGCGUGGGGCGCUUCAGGCUGGGGGAGGAUUUGAUCAUAUGCUGGUGAACUAAACUGGUAUGCAAUGCUUUUUGGCAUUGCCUCAUCUGUUGUUACUUAAACAGGCAGAGAGUACUUCCAGUUCCUGUGAAGUUUCCACCCUGCCUUUCAUCUAUGUUAGGGUAAUUAUUAGUAAGUUUUUAUAUGCAGAAAGACUUGGGCUAAUGUCACAAGAAACCCUUCUCUUGCUUCUUCUUUUUUGUUGUUUAAUUUAUAGCAAAGCAAACUGUUUCCUUCCUGUGUUUUUCUUUCUUUUGUGGCCUAUAUUGUCCACCUUAUUUGUAGUUUCUAAUGGAUGGUGUUUAGCCUCUUAUGUGCAUAAAAGAAUGUGAGAAGUGGUUUAUAUAUGGAAAUGCUUACUGACAUAGAUGUUCAAACACA